CUCCUGUGUAAUCGCAGUCGACAGGGCAGGCAGAGUUAGUCGGACUCAGUUCUGCAACGCUUACUUGGAUGAUUGGACGCAAAGCGAGUGAAGCGCGCGCGCGAUUGUGAAUCGACUUCCCGAAAGUGUCGUCGUUGUCGACUUCGUGUUGGGCAUCUGAAGUGCGAAAAUCAAAUUAAAUUUGUGUAUAAUUAACUACGAAGAAAAUUCUUGAUUGAUUGGGAGCUAAUUAAUGGUGAAGUUCAAGUGCGAUUGAUGAAUUUAGUGUUCUGGGUGUGGUAAAAUGUCGGGGGUGUGUCCCACCUCGCCCAAGUUGAUUCUGGAUAUCAGCAACAAUCAGUUUGACAGCCCUCAACAGCUUCCGACAAGUGCCAGUGCGAACAUAGAACGCUCUCCGAGAAUGAUUAAAGUGGAAUCGUAUGAAAGUCUUGAUGGUGGUGCCAGCAUGAAUCAUCAUCACGUGACUCAACAGCAGCAGCCUCAUCACACGGUCCACCAUGGACCGGACUUUACAUCUUUAAUGACUUCACAGACUACAUCUCCUUCGUCUACCAUCUACGUGUAUCAGUCGCCUUCUGUUGUGUCGACUCACGGUGUUCCGAUAGUUGAUCCUCUGAAUAUCCCUCGCGGUGACAUCAUGACAUCUUCCGUGAACACACUUCCUGUGAUCUGCAAGAAGCGGAAACUCGACGCUGACUAUGAUUACGAGUUCGAUCAAUCAUCGCUCAGUCCUACGACAGAUAGCAAGCGUCUCCGUUACGAUGGUAACGGAUAUGGCUAUGCUCCCUUAGAAUAUCACCCCUCCAGUAACUAUGCAGCACUUCCCGGGUAUUCUACUCUUGAAGAAGAUCACCAAUCUCCUCGAAUGAUGCAUGCAAUCACUGCGUCAUAUUCGGACCCCUCCCAUUACGGCAUUUACUACCAAAAUGACACACCCUGCAGUGUAGAAAACGACGCUUCCUCAAUAUCAGUCACCUCGUCACCAAACAAACCAGAUGAACCCAUCUACCCAACCAGUAAUUUACCAAACACCCAACCCCCAUCCUCCUGUAUGAUAACCACCAGCAGUUCAUCCCCUACCUCAUCCUCCUGUAUCACUGCCAGCCACUCACCCCCUAAUGAGGAAACGCACCAAACGAUCUCGGGUGGUGCAGACCACCCCCUUCCGAGCCAGAAGCCCGCCCGAAAGUCCCGCUCCAAUCGGGUCCGGAAGCGGCACGUCCGCGAAUCUAUCAGCUUCGAGGAACUGCAAACCCAACGGGUGAUGGCCAACGUGCGGGAACGUCAGCGGACGCAGAGCCUAAAUGAGGCGUUCGCAUCGCUACGGAAAAUCAUUCCAACUCUGCCCAGCGAUAAGCUGAGCAAGAUCCAGACGCUGAAGUUGGCUUCCAGGUACAUCGAUUUCCUGUAUCGGGUGCUGUCGAACAACGAACUGCCCAUUCUGGAGGAAACGCAAAAGAAUUUGGCCAACUCGGGCGCCAGCGGCGCAGGACCGCUUCAGUUCAGCGGCAGUGGUAUCUUGGCGCACGAGAAACUCAGCUACCUGUUCAGCGUUUGGCGCAUGGAGGGCGAUUGGAGCAACGGGAGUAGCUCCGGCAGUAGCAGUGGAAAGGAGUGAGAAUCUUACGACAAAACAAUGGUUGACAAAAUACGUUC